AUGGCGUCCUCAAACAGCGCUUCACGAACAGUCACCCGGGAGAAUCAUAUCGAUUUCGACGGCGACCUGUGCCUCGAAGUCGGUGAAGGCCUUGAAGCAGUAAGCUUCAUCGCCUGCUCCAAAGCCAUGUCGAGAGCUUCGCCCGUAUUCAAGGCAAUGCUCUAUGGAGACUUUGCCGAGUCCAAGAAGAAGGCAGCACGUGCCCCCGAGAAGACGGAAUGGGUUGUGCGACUGCCAAAGGACGAGCCCGAGGCAUUCAAGACCCUGCUGAAUAUCAUCCAUGGCCGGGUUCAUGAAGUCAAACUCAACGACGCUGAUGAGAAUCGCCAGCUGGGCCGCCUCUACGACAUAACGGUGCUCUGGAUCUCAUGGGAAUUGGGGGACGCAGCGCUUUUCGAGCGGAUGGCGAAGAUGCUGGUUCGUCAAUUAAGCUGGGAAAAUGAAUUGCACGACGAGGACAUGGACGUUCUUGAGCCCCCGGAGAUUUACGAGUGGAUAGAAAAGACCUAUUCGCAGGAGAUUGUAACGCUCAUCAGCUGCUUCGAAGGCGUCCAUGCGGAACUCCUGGACCGAACAAUAUACAACAGCACGGAGGUACAUGAUAAAUGUACGAUGCUUAUGUACGGUGUCAUCGCUGACUACUGGCACAAUCAUGCUGCUGAGCCAUUGCCGAAGAGCGCUGAGGAGAACGACUACAGUGUGGUCACAUUGAUAUAUCAUAUGGAUUCGUCAAUCUCCAAUGCGAUGCAGUAUUCUAAAUUCAAGCAUUGCACCUCCUUGAUGAAGCCCAUUACAGACAGAGUCGAGACUGUGGUGGUGCCAACUGCGCCUGCACUAAGCGAAGCACAAAAGCGUCACCUCAAGGCUUAG